CCGAGGAGAUAGAAAUACUAGGAUUAAAGUGUACAUGAUAUGCCGAGUGAAUUGGCGGGCCAUUGAAGUGAAGAAGAUCCCUGCGUUGUCCGCGGUACUGCAAGCAAGGUCAAUCUGGGACCGGGACUGGGGCUGGGACACUCCGAGAUCAUCUAGAUCAUAGAUAGAUGCACGACAGUGACAAGACGUCUUAUCGUAGCCACCCGAGGAAGAUCCAAGUGGGCGGCAUGGGGCAUACAACGUAUGCAGCAUCCUGCAUUUCCGCCUUGCCUUAUCAGUCGGUCGGCCUCGACGGCUGAUUGGCCAGCAGAAGCGUUAAAGGGUGCAGUCUCCGGAGAUGCGACAACCGCUGAGAAAGAUAGCGUCGAAGGACUCGCAAAAGACGUGCGAUAUGGUGGGGGUGGGAACUUGGAAGUGCCGGAACUCCGAGAGUGGAGAGUGGAGAGUGGAAGAGAAGAAAGAGAAGAGAGAGAAGAGAGAGAAGAGAGAGAAGAGAGAAGAAAGAGUGCACGAGGCUGGGGAGUUGACAGCCUUGUUAGAACUAGGUAUAUAGAAUAAUAGAAAGAAGGAGGAUUAGGCCAGCGACGAGGGCGGUUGUAUGGGUAAUUUUAUAAUAAAUCAAUUGGGUCGGUUUCUCCAUCUGGAAGCUCAAUAGCAAUUUAUCAGCUCAUUCCACAAGUCUUGGAUCUUGAAGUAGGAAAAGUUCAUGAUGUGGCUGAUGGUGUU